CCUGUCAACUGCCAGGACCUCUACUUCUUAAAGAGCUCAGUCUAUUGGCUGUGUGACAAGUCUGAACAUCCGCUAGACAAUGGACGCAGUGGAGAAAGCCAACGCCGAAAGACAGAAGAGAUGGGCCAAAGAUGCGAAGGUUGGUGAGGGAACCUACGCUGUCGUAUAUCGAGGCCGCGAGAUAUCCACCGGCCGAAAGGUGGCUAUCAAGAAGAUCAAGGUCGGCCAAUUCAAGGAUGGCCUGGACAUGUCAGCUAUACGCGAGGUCAAGUAUCUGCGAGAGCUGAAACAUCCGAACGUCAUCGAGCUACUGGACGUAUUUUCCUCUAAAACAAAUCUGAAUCUUGUCCUGGAGUACUUGGACACAGACCUUGAGCUUGUCAUCAAAGACCGGUCACUGGUCUUCCUCCCCGCAGAUAUCAAGAGCUGGAUUGCUAUGACGUUCCGUGGCUUGGAGUUCUGCCACCGGAAUUUUAUUUUGCACCGCGACUUGAAGCCGAACAACUUGCUCAUCGCAUCGGAUGGGCAGCUCAAGCUUGCCGAUUUCGGCCUCGCGCGAGAGUUCGCAGACCCUGGGUACAAGAUGACAUGUCAGGUCAUCACGCGAUGGUACCGUCCGCCGGAGCUUCUGUUCGGCUGUCGCUAUUACAGCACCGCAGUCGACAUCUGGUCCGUGGGAUGUAUCUUCGCCGAACUCAUGCUGCGCACGCCUUACCUUCCAGGAGAGUCUGACAUGGAUCAGCUGAAGACGACCUUCCGGGCACUCGGGACACCGACCGAAGAAGAGUGGCCUGGCCACACGAAGUUGCCGGACUAUGUUCCUGUGGGACUGUUUCCCCGGACGCCCCUUCGAGACCUCUUUACCGCCGCUACUGCUGACUGUCUCAACCUUCUCAGCAAAUGCUUGAUAUAUGAACCUGGUCGGCGGAUCAGCGCAAGAGAGGCUCUCAAUCACCCGUAUUUCUUCGCAUUGCCUUAUCCUACUCAUCCUUCUAAACUUCCCAAGCCGGUCGCAAAGACGAGUUCGAAUUUGCCACUCGAAGAAGUGGACGGUAACGUUGACUUCAGCGGUCCCGGCCCUGGCGUGAAGGCCAACCCACCGAGCAAACUGAAGCGCAGGCUUUCUUCCGACGAGGUCGACGGCCGGUCAGUAGUGCGGAAACUCGACUUCACGCAACACAGGCAAGCACAGUCAUAGGAGGAGGUCUGAAGGAGGGGGUAAUACACAGAGGAGCACAACACGUUCACUCCAAUUCCACAAGCAGCGAUGGGACGGCACGUUUAUGUACAAUACAAAUACACUAUCGAUCUAGUAAAGAUAUGUUCUUCCAAAUCCGAGAAAAAUAUGAGCAGUCUAAGUACAGGGCAAUUGGAAGCAAAAAAAAACGCGGGCG